CCUGCCUCUAAAAUGCAUCUCUCUGGGGGACAUGACACCAAAGCUAAGAGGGGUCACUGCUCUAAAAUGAGUCUCUCUUGGAAGAGAGAGGAGGAGGGCCCUGCCUCUAAAAGGAGUGUCUCUGGGGAACAUGGCACCAAAUCUAAGAGACCAAUCAAGCAGGAGAGACCAGCCUCCCCUGUUCCCAGCUGUGUGUCCAUGAAGAGUGACUGGUCUAUGGGUCAACCUCUAAACUUUAGAGAGGGAGACUUUUCUACUGAACAAAGGUAUAAGGUCAACGUAGCAAGUCUGGUGAACAGGGCAGAGCUCCAUAUCCGCAGGCAAACCAGCAGAAACUGGAUCAGCAGCACAACAAGAAACCAACAGGAGAGAUCAGAGUCAGAGAUUCUCAGUGGUCAGUCUUCCCAGAUCUCAACUGGGCCUAGAAUCAUCUCACACAUAAAGACAUCAAGGAGCCUCCACAUCAUGUGCCACAUUCCAGUCUUCUGUUGGAUUUCUGCAACAGUCCUCGAACACAUGCUGAAACAUAAUAGAGAAGAGAUGCCCAAGACUCUGACUGAGAUGUACACACACCUUGUGGUGUUUCAUACCAACCAGAAGAAUGAAAAGUAUCUUGGGAAAGAAGAGACAGAUCCACACUUGAAUAACGAGAGCAUUCUGUCACUGGGAAAACUGGCUUUUCAACAGCUAGUGAAGGGCAAUCUGAUUUUCUAUGAAAAAGACCUGAAAGAGGCUGGCAUUGAUGUCAAUGAAGCCUCAGUGUACUCAGGAUUGUGCACACAGCUCUUUAAAGAGGAAUGUGUGCUGUACCAGGACAAGGUGUACUGCUUCGUUCAUCUGAGCAUUCAGGAGUUUCUGGCUGCUGUGUAUGUGUUCCUCUCAUUCAUCAACAACAAUGAGAAUCUAAUGGAUGAACUGCAAACAAAAUACAAGUCUGAAGUUACUUUCUACAAGAGUGCUGUGGAUAAAGCCUUACAAAGUGAGAUGGGAAACCUGGACCUGUUCCUCCGCUUCGUUCUGGGCCUCUCAUUGGAGUCCAAUCAGAAGCACUUACGAGGUCUACUGACAAAGAGAAGAAGCAGCUCAAAGAGCCAUGAAGAAACAGUCAAGCACAUCAAGGAGAAGAUCAGGGAGAAUCCCUCUCCAGAGAGGUGCAUCAAUCUGUUCCACUGUCUGAAUGAACUGAAUGACCAUUCUCUAGUGGAGGAGAUCCAAAGCUACCUGAGCUCAGGAAGUCUCUCAAAACCCAACCUGUCACCUGCACAGUGGUCAGCUCUGGCCUUUGUAUUGCUGACUUCAGAAAAGGAGCUGGAUGUGUUUGACCUGAAGAAAUUCUCCAGAUCAGAGAAAGGUCUUCUGAGGCUGCUGCCAGUGGUCAAAGCCUCCAGAAAGAAAGGCUGUGCUUCUCUGGUCUCAGCUCUGAGGUCAAACCCCUCACACCUGAGAGAGCUGGACCUGAGUAACAAUGACCUGAAGGAUUCAGGAGUGAAGCUGCUCUCUGCUGGACUGGGGAAUCUCCACUGUAAACUGGAGACUCUGAGGCUGUCAGGCUGUCUAGUCACAGAGGAAGGCUGUGAUUCUCUGGUCUCAGCUCUGAGGUCAAACCCGUCACACCUGAGAGAGCUGGACCUGAGUAACAAUGACCUGAAGGAUUCAGGAGUGGAGCUGCUCUCUGCUGUACUGGGGGAUCCACACUGUAAACUGGAGACUCUGACAUCCUGUAAAGUGUUGGCCUCAGUUCUCAGUUCAAACCCCUCACACCUGAGAGAGCUGGACCUGAGUAACAAUGACCUGAAGGAUUCAGGAGUGAAGCUGCUCUCUGCUGUACUGGGGAAUCCCCACUGUAAACUGGAGACUCUGAGGCUGUCAGGCUGUCUAGUCACAGAGGAAGGCUGUGCUUCUCUGGUCUCAGCUCUGAGGUCAAACCCCUCACACCUGAGAGAGCUGGACCUGAGCUACAAUCACCCAGGAGACUCAGGAGUCAGACUGCUCUCUGCUGGACUGGAGGAUCCACACUGCAGACUGGAGAAACUCAAUGUGGAACAUGGUGGAGAGAACAGAAUGAAACCUGGACUUAGAAAAUAUGUCUGUGAUCUCACACUGGACCUAAACACAGUAAACAGAUUCCUCUCUCUGUCUGAGGAGAACAGAAAGGUGACAUGGAGGACAGAGGAGCAGCCGUAUCCUGAUCACCCAGAGAGAUUUAAGGGCUGUAGACAGGUGCUGUGUAGAGAGGGUCUGACUGGGCGCUGUUACUGGGAGGUAGAGUGGAGUGGGGGGGCUGUUAUAGGAGUGACAUAUAAAGGAAUCAACAGGAGAGGAAGGGGUGAUGACUGUUGUCUUGGAUUCAAUGACAAGUCCUGGAGUCUGUCCUGCUCUGACUACAUUUACAGAGCCUGGCACAAUAAUAAUCACAAUACCAUAGACGUCCCCUCCUCCAGCUGCUCCCACAGAGUAGGAGUGUAUCUGGACUGGUCAGCCGGCACUCUGUCCUUCUAUAGAGCCUCCUCUGACACACUGACCCACCUGAUCACAUUCACCUCCACAUUCACUGAGCCCCUCUAUCCAGGGUUUAGGAUUUAUGGUGACUCCUCAGUGUCCCUGUAA